GUUGGGAGGGGAGGAGCCUGCCAUGCCCGGUUCACCUCAGGACAGACUGAAGGACAAACAAGCAGGAAGGAAAGUUAAGAGAGCCGCAAAGUUGCUGGGAGGGAAAAUUAAGCCCAUUAAAUCUCGUCUGCCUGAAGCACAAUGUCUUUGUCUCCGGCCACCUCGGUCGCCCGACGCAUGCUAGCUGCUGCGUCACAUUCGAGCCACGAAGGAGGAGCGAGGACCUGGAAGAUUCUGACCUUCAUCUUGGCCAUACCCGGCGUCGGCGUGUGCAUGGCAAACGCCUACAUGAAGAUGCAGGAGCACUCGCAUGAUCAGCCAGAAUUUGUGCCCUACCCUCACCUCCGCAUCCGCACCAAGAAAUUCCCCUGGGGCGAUGGCAACCACUCGCUGUUCCACAACCCCCACACCAACGCUCUGCCAGAAGGCUACGAGAGCUCCCACCACUGAGUGCCAGACCGAGGAGCCGUGAUUCUUCCACACAGAGAUGCCUUGCACUGGAAUUAAAAAAAACAGUUUUGACCUUG